UCAAGGGCCUCCUUUUAUUCCUGUGAGGUGCUGGGGCAAGAUUUACUUCCCAUCUAGCAGCACGAUCCCGCCCACUGUCACAUUAUAGCUCUUUAUAAGACAGCCAAAGGACCUGAUGAUAAGACACUGGACUUAAAACAACUCUGACCAUGUGGUGUAAAGUCCUCAUCUAUGCUGUCUUCCUCACACUCAUAAAGCAUGCAUUAUCAAGUGAAAUACAGACCGGCCCAAAUACAAGUGCAACCCUCCCCUGCAAUGUGACGUUCCCUGUUUCUGUAAAAGAGAACAAAAUAGACUGGUCUCUCAUCUUCGUCAGCUGGAUAAGUAAAGGCUCUGACAUCGCUUUAUUUGGAAAAGCAGCAAUCCACAUAAAAGAGGGUUUCAGAUGGAACACCAGUGACUUCAUCAAUGGGGACUUUUCUCUGACCAUCCUCAAAGCCAGUCUCAACCUGCAGGGGCUGUAUGAAUGCAUGGUCAGCUACAACUCCACAAUGCUGCACUCCAGUAAUGUUACAUUUAGUAUCCUCGCUUCCCCGACUCUCUCAAUCCCACACCAGUGGUUUGUGUCAGAGAAAGCGAGCCAACUUAAAUGCCAUGCAGAUGGUUUUUACCCUCCUCCUGUCACUUUUUCCUGGACCAGAGAUGAGGAAGUGGUUCAGCCUCCCUACCAGGUUGAAGGUGAACAGACUCCAGAUGGGUACUACAUGGCAGAAAGCAACCUGACCUUCUACCCUUCCCGUGGGGACCAGAAUGUGACUUUUGGCUGCAAAGUGUCACAUAGUGGCAGCUAUCGUGAGCUGGCUGUCCAAAUCAAUGUUACCUACCCCCCUUCUGUUAAACUUUCUUCUGUGACCUCGCGCUCCAACAACAGUCCUCUCACUCUUUACUGUGAUGUGGAGAGUUUCUACCCAGAAGAAGCGUCCAUAUCCUGGCUUCAAAAUGGCACAGCCCUCCCUGUACCCCCCACCCCUGAGCAGAACCCAGAUGGGACCUUCAGAACUAGACACUAUUAUACUUUAAGCCUUGAGCAGAGGGAGCGGGGUGGGAUGGUAGAGUGUGCAGUAAAUCAACCUGGGGUAGCGCCCCCAACCAGUGCAUCAGUGUACCUGGACAAACUGGACCUCCGAGAGCCUGUGUUGACUAAAUCAGCCAAAGCUUCUGUGGCUCUGAUGUGCAUUUCUAUAGUGCUCGUCUUCCUGCUCUGCUUUGGAUUUUCUUGGAGGAGAAGGGAUGAGAAACAGAAGUCUCUCAGUGUGUCAGGGAUCAUCCUCCCUCCACGCAUAAUUGUAGGUCAAAAGGGCAGAGUGUCAGUCAGCAUCGAGGGCAGGAGGGUGGAACAAGUCCAGGCUGCGUGGUUCCUCAAUGACUCACCUAUUUCUGACACUUCACACAAAGCAUCAGAUGAAGGUCCUCUCCUGCCCUCUAGAGGUCUGGUGGGUUAUUACAAGCUUCACUCUCAGGGGCCCCUGCUCUCAUCGUCAGGCAGCACUCAGCAGCUGAUCUCCGCAGUCACCUUCAUCCCCCAGAUUUCAGUCCACAGGGGGGCAGUAUUUAAAUGUCAGGUGUCCUAUGCAGGCAAGGACAAGAUUGUGGUGGAGAGGGUGUCAGAGAAGUUUACUAUUCUGUCUGCUCCAGAAGUGUCAGAAAUCCAGCUGACAGAGACAACAAAUGACUCUGAUAUCAUCAGCCUGACAACCAGGGCAUCACAGUUUCAUCCAGAUGUUAUUACCUUCCGCUGGUUCUGCCAGGGAAGUGAGCUGAGACCUGUGGCCUCCCAGGCCUCGUCCUCCCCUCGACCCAACUCUGAGGGCUUCUUUUCAGCCUACAGUCAGUGUAAGUUGCCACGGAGUGAACUGGAAAAGGGAGGCACUAAAGUGUGGGUCAGUGUGCACCACAUCGCUCUGAAGCAGCCAGUCACCCGUGAAACCAGAGGCUUCAUCAAGAGGCCAUGUGUGUCUGAAGUCAUCGGCUCCACUUCUUCACCCCAUCAGACUUUGACCCUGGGAUGUGAAAUAACAGAUUUCUACCCUCCAAACAUAUCAGUCACUUGGCUGAAGCUCAGAGAGGGAGAGCGAGAUGACAGAGAAGAGGAGUUGGUAGAGGGAGGGGAGAUGUGGGGCCCCAUAGAGACUCAUCCCAGAGUCUACAGGGCCACAGCCACUCUGAAGAGAAGGGCAACAAAUCAGAAGAAGGAGGAGAGAGGAGGCGGGAUCAUUUGUAGAGUGGAGCACUGUUCCCUACGUGAGCCUAUUGAGAGACACUGGGGAAAUGCCGACAUUGUUGCUCCCUCCAUUCCUCCAUCGAUCUCAGUCUUUUGGACCAGUGAAGGGGUUGGUGUCAAAUUACUCUGGGUAGCGGGAGGACCCACCCUGUCACCACUGGUGUCCAAUGAGACAGAGGAGAUAGGAGAUGACGGACAGAGGGAGCUGAAAAGUGUGUGCGCCCUGGAGAUAUCCACAAGCCUCCUCAGUCAGACAAACAAACAGCUGGAGAGACAAAAGAAUGGAGAUGCAAUAAAAACCAUAUCUGCUGUCACAGACCCUGACACUGAAGGAAUAGAGUACAUCGAUGAAAAAGUGGAUGGAGAGAACAACAAUGACAGUGAUGAGGAGACAAUGUCAGAGGUGGAUGUGGACAGUGACAAAGAAAGACAGGACGACCCAAGCGCGCUGCACAUCAACAGAGUAGACUUGAUCAAGGGUCCCAAGGAAAACGAGAGAGCACGGUUGAGAGUCUGUGUGGAGAUCACACAUCCCGCACUCAAGCUUCCUGUUUAUCGAAUCUGGACAGAGCCCAAAGAGGAACUUUCAUCUUCUGCUUGAAAGCCCUGGUGUCUGCAAGAGGUCAUGUAUUCCUAACAUGUAUAUUUGUUUCCAUCUGUAUUCUUGUCCUCUUCUUUUACUUCCAGAAUUAGAAGUUUGUAUUUAUUAACAUAUAUUUUUAAUCUGUAAUCCAUUACAUUUUCUUCCAAUCCCAAGACUUUUACAUAUAUUCAUAUUGUUGUACAAAAGGUACAACAGGAAGGUUCCCAAAUACCAGAAGAGGUGGAGGGCAAAGAGUUGUAGUACCAGAGAUCAAUAGUAAGAAACCACAGAGCAUAUUAAGAACAUGGUGGAAUAUUUCACAGUACAGAUACUGCCAGGCAUGUACAUGCUAACUGGGCUGGAAAGGACUGAAGAGAUAUAUAGGAUUUAAUUUAAGAGAGAAAUUAUGAUGUACAGUGGGUGUCUGGUUUGUGUGGAUGACCAAAGGUUUGAUUGCUCAGUGGUUCUGUUCAACCUAUGUGAUACUGUUAAGGAUGCUGUGGAUGAAACAUGGCAGUAAGGGAAUGUAUGUACAUUAUUUAAAUAUUUUAUUUAUUUAUCCUUGGAUGUUGUAUGUUACACUUGUGUAAGUUUUAAUUGUUCAGCGUUUAUGUUAAUGGUUUAAACAAUAAACAUAUUGUGGGGGCAAACAAAGACAGCCAUGGUGACAAAAUCUUAACCCAGUAAGAUCUCAAGCUCGUGUUAAAGCAAUAUUAAUGUAUCCCUGUGUAUGUGACAACAGGUCAUAGUUGUCAUUUGUCCUGCUCUCCACACUGACCCUGAAUGUUUCCACCCAAAAAUGAGGUCCAGUGUGUAGAAUAUUUCAAGCUUUGAACAUCAUGAACUGGGUGAUCCACAUGAGCCACAAGUGUUUUCAUGUCUAGGGAUGACAUUCAAAUGAAAAUCACAUAUGAUCAAUAUUUCCUUAAUGAAGUUGAAAUGAGUGUAAAAGUACUGUACAUUGAUCAUAUUCAGACCUAUCUCCUGAAAUUUAAGUUAUAGCUAUACAACCGAACUGCAACAACAACAAAUUUUGAGGCAAACAUAACUGUGACCUGACUGUGUUUUUUUGCCAAUGUUACGAGAAUGCAUUUUAAUUUAAAUAGGCUUGUUUUUCAAUAUUUUGGGUGUGAUAGCCCGUUCUCUCUGUAACACUAUAUUACAUGCAACCACACUUAAACUAUUGAAAAUCUGUUUAUGUGGUAAACAUCAUAUACAGCUUUACCCAUCACUAAAAACUAUUUCAAACACUAUAUUAUAGUUGAAAUGAUAAUAAUAAAGAUGACUCAAUAAAGACAGAAAGAAAUUAAACAUUUAGAAAUUUUUAUUUAGAUUUAAAGAGUUACAGCAUAGAAGCAAACAGUAAUGCAAAAUAUCAAAAAUCAACAAUCAUUCUUUGAUUCAUUUACAACUCUCUAAAUCAAUGAAAGCUAUUUCUAUUCAUCAAUUUAAAAUAUUAUUCUGGUUAAAUGUUAUAAUAUAUUAUGGAUGACGACUGAACCGUGUCUGGAGCUGGGGAAAGGUUCUCCAACAUAACUAUAUUUUCUUACAAC